CUUCUCUCUUCAGCACUCCUCAGCCCUCUCAGCCCUUCACUUUCAAGCCCAAGCCUCGUCGCUUCCAAUCUUCAAUCAACCAACCAUCAAGAUGAAGGUCUCCGCUGUUUUCUCCCUCCUCGCCGUCGCUGGCCUCGUUGCUGCUGCCCCCGCCACUGGGGACCGCAAGAUCGCUCGCAGCUACGGUGACGAGGCUCCCGCCUACCCCCAGGGCGAAUACCCCCAGGGUGGCUACCCUCAGGGCGGAUACCCUCAGGGCGAGUACCCCUCCCGCGGUGAGGGCCGCGAGGGCUCUGGCAGACACGGUGGUGCCAAGAACGCCCCCACCAUCGAAGUCUCCGGCGACCACUACGCCCAGACCCAGAACAUCGAGCGUCGUGGCUGGGGCGUCGGAAACAACGUGAUCGAGACCACCACCGGACAAUCCUGGGGCAGCUCCGAGAAGCCCCACGAGAGCUCGAACUCCUGGGGCGGUUCCGACAAGGAGCACCAGAACUCCGGAGCGGAGGGCCACAAGGCCGGUGGCCAGGAGUCCCAGAACUACUCUUCCGGCAAGGAGGAUGACACCAAGUACGACCACGACGUCAAGGAGUGGCAGAGCGGCUCCAGCCAGAAGAGCGGUGGCGACGAGGAGUUCAAGAACGGCCAGGCUUCGGACAGCGAGCACACUCACUAAACGUGAGGGUCUUGUCUGACCUGGUUAGUUACCUUGGUGCCCGUGCUGUUGAUUGAUCUUGAUCCUGGUCUUUUCUGCGGCUUCCCUGGACUUGUCUAUAGCUUCAGCGUCAUUCUUUGUCAUAUAGCCCUAAUCAUCA